GCAAGUUCUUUCCCCUGUCUCUGCUUCCUAAUGCCUCUUCAAAAGCUCUCAGCACUCAUUGAUGCCAUCUGCAAUUUUGUCAUCUGCAAUGACUCCUCCCUCCGCAGCCACCCGAUCAUCUUCAAUCCUGACUUCUUUGUGGAAAAGCUGCGCCAUGAAAAACCAGAAGUGUUCACAGAGCUGGUUGUCAGCAACAUUACCAGGCUCAUUGAUUUGCCUGGGGCAGAGUUGGCCCAGCUAAUGGGAGAGGAGGACCCAAAGCUGCCUGGGGCAAACAGCACAGCCUCUGGAUUUUUUCGUUCUCUGAUGUCUCUGAAGCGAAAGGAGAAAGGGGUGGUGUUUGGCUCACCACUGACAGAAGAAGGCAUUGCACAGGUUUCCCAGCUAAUUGAGUAUCUGCAUAAAACAGAUCUAAGAGCAGAAGGCUUGUUUCGAGUGCCAGGCAACAGCAUCAGGCAACAGAUCCUAAAGGAUGCUCUGAACAGUGGUACAGAUAUUGACCUGGACUCUGGGGAGUUUCAUUCCAAUGAUGUGGCCACCCUACUUAAGAUGUUCCUGGGUGAAUUACCAGAGCCACUGCUGACGCACAAGCACUUCCAUGCCCACCUCAAAAUUGCAGACUUGACGCUGUUUGAUGAGAAGGGGAAUAAGACCAGCACCCCAGACAAAGAGCGCCAAAUUGAAGCCCUCCAGCUGCUGUUUUUGAUCCUUCCCGCUCCCAACCGCAGUCUGCUCAAACUGCUGCUGGACUUGCUCUACCAGACUGCCAAGAAGCAGGACAAGAACAAGAUGUCUGCCCACAACCUUGCCCUCAUGUUUGCACCCCACAUCCUAUGGCCCAGAAAUGUGACAGCAAAUGACCUUCAGGAAAAUAUCACAAAGCUGAACAAUGGAGUGACCUUCAUGAUCAAACAUUCUCAGAAACUCUUCAAGGCGCCGGUGUACAUCCGGGAGUGUGCCAGGCUGCACUAUCUGGGAUCCAGAGCCCACACAUCAAAGGACGACCUGGAUUUGCUGACGUCCUCGGGCUCCAAGGAGCUGCAGCCCCUCAAGUCUCAGAAGCGAAGCCGGCUGGACUCUUGCCAUCAGGAGGAGACCCAGCAGCGCACGGAGGAGGCACUGAAGGAGCUCUUCCAGCACGUCCACAACAUGCCUGACUCUGCAAAGAAGAAGAAGCUUAUCCGGCAGUUUAACAAGCAUGCAACAGCUCUGACUCCUGGCUCUGAUGUGCCCACAUCCCCAGCACCGCGGCGCACCCGCUCACGCUCCUUCAGCGGCCUCAUUAAGCGGAAAGUUUUGGGAACUCCAGUUAUCAUGGAGAGGAAGAGCAGGGAUACCACACCAGAGCCUGUGCGGGUCAGCAAAGAGAACAUCCAACUGUUACAGAAAUGUGGCUCUCCAGCUCAUAUGUCCCAGGUGAAGCUGAAGUCUUUGGAAGGCCAGAAAGAGGGAUCCUGCAGACGCAUGCGAGCCCGCCUGCUUUCCAAGGAUUCAUCAUCCCUCUGAAUGCCUCACACCAAUGCAUGGAUGGGGAUUGCCCAGCCUCACAAGCUGUGAAUAGAAAAUGUGCUGCACUGAGAGGAGAGUGCUGCAGGCUCACAGAACCCUCACCAACACAGCAGCACUCUUGAAACUGGACCUUUGCAAGGAUUGCAGAGAUUUGUUUCUUUCUGUAUAUAAAUUAUAUUUCAUUCUACUAUGGGGCAAACCACUAUCUAACCAAAACUUUGCAGCAUGUCUGACCUGCUGGCUCUGGGAAGAGCUGGAGUGUUUGCUUACAAGGAGAGCCCUGUGUGCAUGCCCAGCUUUCUCUGUAAUGUUGCUAGGCUGUAUUUUUCUGCUUUUCUGCUCCGAGUUUUUAACAUGUUGGCUUGUUUUUGCUUCCUCCUCCCUGUUAGCAGUGAGAAUGAUGGGCUGUAACCCUUACCCACAUCCUGACAUCUAAGCUUGCCUCCAGUCCUCCUCUGGAGGCAUGCCCUUCUCUGCUUCUUCUUGGCUCCAUUUUGUUCUGCUGUUUCCAAAGGGCUGAAGUGCACAAACGUUACAGCGCAAAGGAUGGGCCUGGAAGGAGAGUCUCUGGAUGCCAUCAUUUCAAGAAGGGCCAGGGGAAAGCAGCUUCCCCAAUAAAACUAAUUCCUCUAUUUUAGCUUGAGUUGGAGACAGCCCUUGCUCUCUGCUUUCAUGUUUCAGUGGCACAGUUCUGAGCA